GUUGCUCUGCCGCGCUUCCCUUGCAAGUCAAGCCAUGCAUACAGAUAACAUUCGACCUCCAUUUCCUCUGUUGAAAUUUCUUGUACUGCCCGACCUCUUUCUGGCAGCUGUCCUCGCCAUAGGACUGCCCAAAUGGGCGCGGGUUAUCUACCUCCUGGGUUUCGUUGGGUUGACUUACAGAGGCUUGCAGUAUUCCACUGGCCCUGACAAGAUGCAGGACUACGCAAUGGGUUCUACCCUUGGUGGACAGCUCUUUACUGCCAUUCAUCUCCUCCUCUUGGCAGAGCCCAUUAUCCAGUACCGCCACUUUUCAGAUACUGAUGAUCCACAAAAACGCUCGUUUCUACGAAGGGUCUACUGGGCGGCAUGUAUCAUACACUCUCCUCGUGGGAUUGGAUGGAACUAUGAAGUCUCCCAUGUUCCUCCUCGGCCUGCCGUUUCACAUGGCUCUUUUAUCUGCUCGCGACUUUUUCGUAUCCUUGUAUUCUUCUUCUUUAUCGAUGCCGCUCAGACAUUCAGACGCAUCAAUCCAUUAUUUUCUCUAUCUGAUGCUGUGCUUGAAACGGCGUCAGUCACAUCGCAGGGAUUCUUAUUGCGUUGUCCAAAUAUCAUCGCGUGGAUGGCUAUACCUUAUGCUGGAGUACAGCUACAAUAUCAUUUGAUCAGCGUCAUCAGUGUUGCCCUUGGCUUUUCAAUGCCAUCAGACUGGCCAGCUCCCUAUGGAAGAUGGAGUGAUGCUUAUACGGUACGGGACUUUUGGGGCCGCACCUGGCAUCAAAUGCUGAGACGGUACGCAUCGUCGAUAGGAAAGUUUGUUUCUCAAGCAGCCGGGUUCAAAAGAGGAUCUUUUGGAUCCUCCUAUAUGCAGCUGAUCAUGGGAUUCUGUGUGUCUGGUCUGAUGCAUAUAUUCGGCGACGCCAUGGUGGAAUGGAGAUACUUGGGCUCAUCGUUGUCAUUCUUCCUGGCCCAGCCUGUGGCUAUUGUGACCGAGGACGCCGUCAUUGGCAUAUUUCGCCGAGCGGACAUGAAACUUCACCCACUGGUGUGCCGUUCUAUCGGUUACGCUUGGGUAUUUGCUUGGUUGAACAUGUCCUUUCCAUGGUACAUUGAUUGGGCUCUUAGAGCUGGCCUGGGUAGGGGUGAUCUUCUGCCUGUGACACCGCUUUGGUCCUUGUUGAACUUCUGGAAGGAGGGUAAGGGGCUGGAUACGAUAUUUUCUUAGGCUGUGGUCAGAAGCCUUCAAAUUUCGUCAAUUGCCCCUUACGAGUCUCUGUAUGAGCCAUCUAUGAUUUUGGUAGUGUGCAAAGUCUCACACACAGGCGCUCACAUCGUGAUUUCCGCAUGUUUUCUUGCUACCAGCCGCCGAGCCCGGAUCUCUCGGCGUUUAUGGUUUGAUGUAAAACAAAACUCGCCAAAGCGUUGCUUCUUUCCAUUUCUUUUCACACUACCAUUGACAAAGAGAAUGAAUCAUUAUGUUUCUGUGCUUCUUUCAUUUCUCAUCAUCGCAUUGGUGUAUCGCAAGCUGUUCUGGCAUACUGUCGCGCGCGCCUCAAUCACCUAUGUACCAGGUCCAGCUGUGUCGUCCAAGGGAAUCCUAGGUCUUAGAUUCUCU